AUGUCGCACUUCGGACGAUCUGGACCUCCAGAUAUCAGAGACACCUACUCUCUCCUCGUCCUCAACAUCACGUUCCGAACCACCGCAGACGAUCUCUUCCCGCUCUUCGACAAGUAUGGCAAGGUAGUCGAUGUCUUCAUUCCCAGGGACCGAAGAACCGGUGAUUCGCGCGGCUUUGCUUUCGUUCGGUAUAAGUAUCAGGACGAGGCUUCAAAGGCCGUAGAGAAGCUCGACGGGAGAGUUGUCGAUGGAAGAGAGAUUAUGGUUCAGUUUGCUAAAUAUGGCCCCAAUGCUGAGCGAAUCCACAAGGGUAGGGUGAGUGAAUCAUCUUCCAAGCUCAAAUCAAGGUCCAGAAGCCGCAGCCCUCGUCCAAGAUUUUCAGAUAUCGAGAUGAACAUAAGGAUAAGGAUUACAAGAGAAGUCGCAGUCGAAGUAGGGAGAGACAUGGUCGUGACAGGCAUCAUAGGAGUGAAAGAGAGCAUCGCUACAGAAGCAGGAGCCGCAGUGCAAGUCCUGAUAAUCAUAAAUCCCGUGAGAGGAGUAGAUAUGAUGAUGAGCGGCGUAGUCGGAGCCGGUCAUAUGGAAGUGCCUCUCCUGCUCGGAAUAGCCCUAAAUCUCGGAGAAGCCCUUCUCCCCGGAGGAGCCUAUCUCCCAGGAGGAGUUUAUCUCCCGGGAGGAGCCUAUCACCUCGGAGGAGCCCAUCUCCUCGGAAGACCCCAUCUUCUCGGAGGAGCCCUUCUCCUCGUAGGACACCUUCAAGGGGCGAGAAUGCUGAUGGACGCAACCGGAAUGAGCGCUCUCCUACCCCAAAAGAUGUUUCACCACAUGGUCGACGUGAUGAUUCUCCAAGUCCUUCCCCUCGUAAAUCUGAUGCUGAUGAAUGAUGGACUUGAAUACAAAGUGGCCUGGGAUGAUACUUUUGGGUCGAGCCCUUGUAUCUGCGUUCGUAGUUGGGAGAGGAGUUUCAUAUUAUGA